GAGUUUUAAACCGGCGUUUUCAUUAAAAAAAAAAAAAAAAAAAGAUCAGUCGGAGCUACUACGAUUUUAAAACAGCAACUCCUUCGAAACCCCAUUUUUCCUGGAAAUCGCAUGUUGUAUCUCGUUUUCUUCUGAUUCUGAAAACGCGCAUUAUCCAUUAACAUCAGAUCUGUCAAUGUAAAAAGAAAGCGAAUUCAUAGCAGAAUCUGAGACACACACACACACACAGAUUUCUGAAGACAUGGAAUACAGAAAACUCAAAGAUCAGGAUGAAGAUGGAAAUGGUGGUGGAGAUGACAUAGAAAGCCGGAAACCUCUUUCAGUGACUAAUGUGCCCACCUUGGGAGGUACCACCGUUGACUGGUCCAAAUGGAAGCUCAAGAUCUUUGUGGUAGUUGCAUUGACACUUCUUACUAGUUCGCAAGGCAUACUUAUUGUGUGGUCUAAGAGAAAUGGCAAGUACGAGUAUAGUGUUACCACUUCUAAUUUUAUGGUGGAGGCUUUGAAAUGUGGGUUAUCACUUUUAGCCUUGGCAAGAAUAUGGAGAAGUGAAGGUGUUACUGAAGAUAACAGGUUGAGUACAACAUUGGAUGAAGUUAUUGUAUACCCCAUUCCUGCAUUACUUUACCUUGUAAAAAAUCUGCUCCAGUACUACAUCCUUGAGCAUGUGGAUGCCCCGGGUUAUCAAAUACUGAAGAAUCUGAAUAUUAUCAGUACUGGCGUUUUGUAUAGAAUAAUACUUAAGAAGAAGUUAAGCAAUAUUCAAUGGGCGGCUUUCAUUCUACUAUGUGCUGGGUGCAGUACAACUCAGCUAAAAACAAAUUCUGAUGAUGUAUUACAAACUCCUGUUCAAGGUUGGGUGAUGGCCAUUGUCAUGGCACUCUUAAGUGGUUUUGCAGGAGUGUACACUGAGGCUAUAAUGAAAAAGCGUCCUUCAAGAAACAUAAAUGUGCAAAACUUCUGGUUAUACGUCUUUGGUAUGGUGUUUAAUGCUGUAGCUAUAGUGACCCAAGAUUUUGAUGCGGUGAUGAACAAGGGAUUCUUCUAUGGAUACUCAUUUAUUACAGUUCUCAUGAUUCUCAACCACGCACUAAGUGGCCUCGCUGUAUCUAUGGUAAUGAAGUAUGCUGACAAUAUUGUGAAGGUGUAUUCUACUUCAGUGGCAAUGCUUUUCACAGCAUUUGUUUCUUUCUAUUUAUUUGGCUUUAAUCUUUCACUUGCCUUCAUCCUUGGCACAAUCGUUGUCAUGGUCUCUGUAUAUCUACAUGCUGUUGGGAAGCAAAGAUAACUCCAUACCAGCUCUGCAGUGUAUAGGCUCUCAUCCUUCGCCUCACCUCUCCUCUAUGAUGAUUUUGAACAGAUUAUCAUGAAAUCAGUGAUAUGCCAUUACUUUAAAGUUACGAUUAAUUCAAGAUCAGUAAUCGAACAUUCUGGAUUCCAGUGUUUGCUUUGACUUUUUUUGUAAAAUUCCAAUGACAAGUUUACUCAAGUGUUGGUAUAUGAUUUGACAAGCUUCAUCUGUAAAACAUUUUUGAUUAAUUACAUCUACGAAUUUUGAGGAUUCAGCCUUCA